AUGACUUCUCUCCAUCAACCAUGGUUGCUUCCUUUUCUUCACUUUCUGAUCAUAUGCUUUUCAUCCAUUUCUGUUUCCCAUUCAUCUUCUUUUCUCAAUACAAAACAACCCAAUAAACUCCCAAGGCUAGGGAUAAUCAAUCGUUAUGACACUAGUUUCACCAAUUCCAAAGGACGUUCCUUUUCUUUGUCUGCUUCAUCAUCAUCAUCAUCAUCAUCAUCGGAUGAAGAUUUCAAACCAUAUUUUUAUGACCAAACUCUGGACCACUUCAAUUAUAACCCCGAAAGUUACACCAGGUUCAAGCAAUAUUUUGUGAUCAAUUCCAAGUACUGGGGUGGUGCUAAUUCCAGCGCACCGAUUCUCGCUUACCUCGGUGCCGAAGCCGCCCUUGAUGGUGACAUAGGCGCCAUUGGAUUUCUCACGGAUAAUGCUCCUCGGUUUAAAGCUCUUCAGGUCUACAUUGAGCAUAGGUUUUAUGGGAAAUCAAAUCCUUUGGGUUCGAUGAACAAGUCUGUGACAAAUGAAGAUAUUCGGGGUUACUUUAACUCCGCUCAAGCUCUAGCUGAUUAUGCAGAGAUUUUGUUGCAUGUGAGGGAAAAAUUGUCUGCUCAUAAUUCUCCGAUUAUUGUCGCCGGGGGAUCAUAUGGUGGAAUGCUGGCUUCAUGGUUUCGACUCAAGUAUCCUCAUGUUGCACUAGGAGCUUUUGCGUCAUCGGCUCCAGUUCUUUAUUUUGAUGACAUCACUCCACAAAAUGGAUAUUACUCCAAAGUGACGGAAGAUUUCAAAGAGGCCAGCGAGAACUGUUACCAAACUGUACGAGAUUCUUGGUCUACGAUUGACGAAGUUGCUUCCAAACCUAAGGGCCUUACCAUUCUCAGUGAAAAAUUCAGGAGUUGCAAGCAUUUGAAUAGUUCUUCGGAUUUGAAAGACUAUUUGGACACAAUGUAUGCAAGCGUUGCUCAAUAUAACGCACCCCCUGCGUAUCCCGUCACUCAGUUCUGCAAAGGUGUUGAUGAAGCAGCUGCCAACGGGAGUGAUGUUCUUGAUCGGAUUUUCGCUGGAAUUGUUGCUCUCAGCGGUCAUGGACGAUGCUACACUUAUGACCUUGAUCCCUAUCCAUCUGAAACCUUACUUGGAUGGAGUUGGCAAACAUGCAGUGAAAUGGUGAUGCCUAUUGGUCGGGGUAGCAACGAUACCAUGUUUCCAGCUGCUCCUUUUGAUUUAAAAAAUUUCAGUGAGAGUUGCAAAAAUGCAUAUGGAGUCUUACCUCGACCUCAUUGGAUCACUACUUACUAUGGAGGCGCUGAUAUCAAGUUGAUUCUUAAAAAAUUUGGAAGCAACAUUAUAUUCUCCAAUGGCUUGAGAGAUCCUUAUAGUACCGGCGGAGUUUUGGAGAACUUGUCAGAGAGUCUUUUAGCUGUCUACACGAAACACGGUUCACAUUGCUUGGACAUACUGGGAGCUAGUAAAGAUGAUCCGGCAUGGUUGGUUGCUCAAAGAAAAAUUGAGGUUGAGAUAAUUGAAGGCUGGAUCAAAUCCUAUUACGCUAACCUUGCCUUAAUAUCUUAG